CCCACUCCCUGUACACCUCUCCCCCCCCUUCCCUCUUGUUUUCCUAGACACAGUGCCAACAUAAACCUGCAUCGCAAACUGUUGACCAAAGAACUCGAUGACAUGGGCCUGGACUCAGCGCAGCCCUCCCUUAGCAAGGACCUCCGGGAUGAAUUUUUGAUGAAGAUCUAUGGUGCCCAGCACCCGUUGGGGCUUGAUGUCAGGGAAGACGCCUCCUCUCCCGCAGGGACUGAAGACUCCCACCUGAAUGGGUACGGGAGAGGCAUGGCGGAGGACUACAUGGUCCUUGACCUGAGCACCACCUCCAGUCUCCAGUCCAGCAGCAGCAUCCAUUCCUCCCGAGAAUCCGACGCAGGCAGCGACGAGGGCAUUCUUCUCGACGACAUUGACGGGGCGAGUGACAGUGGGGAGUCGGCACACAAGGCCGAGGCCCCUGCCCUCCCUGGCAGUCUAGGGGCCGAAGUUCCAGGAUCUCUGAUGUUCAACAGCUUGUCCGGGAGCAAUGGUGGGAUCAUGUGCAACAUUUGUCACAAAAUGUACAGCAACAAGGGGACCCUGAGAGUGCACUACAAAACUGUGCAUUUGCGAGAAAUGCACAAGUGCAAAGUCCCUGGUUGCAAUAUGAUGUUUUCCUCUGUGCGAAGCCGAAACCGGCACAGUCAGAACCCUAAUCUCCACAAAAACAUUCCCUUCACUUCCGUCGAUUAGUCUCAGAACGGACAUUACAAAUGCCAGCUCUCACCAGAUGGCCUACGUAUUUGAACUGCCAUAGUCAGUGUGUGCUUGUGUACUUGGCGUGUGUGUGUGUGUGUGUGUGUGUGUACACAUGUACGCCUCUGUGUCUACAUACACACACACACACACACACACAUCUUUUUAGAUAUAAAAAGAUAAACACUAGGUGCUUUUGAAAAUUGUUUUCUUUUUCCUUUAUAGUUUUGGGAAAGGGGUGGGAUCUUUAAUUUGGGGGUGAAAACAAAGUACCCUUAAAACACACAUACACACACACAUACACACAUAAAGUGUGCAACUAGCCCAAAUUCUGAAAGAAUAAGAAUUCUUGGUCCUCUCCAGAGGGACAAUUUGUUGUAUCCAUGACUGUUGCCUGCAAAAAAAAAAUAAAGGGAAAAAAAAAAAAGAAACAAAAAAGGAACUUCUUAUAGUUGUCUUUUGUGAACUUUAAGGUUUUGAGAGAAUCUUCAAUUAAAGCAUGGCAGAUUCACCUGUAAAUAUUUAGCCUUGAGAGGCCAAUGAUGUAAAGCAAUUGUAUUGAUGGUGUUUAACUCUUUUGUUUAAUUUUUACAGUUACAUCCAGCUGUUAGAUAUGCAGGAGAAAAAUAGUUUGCUGGCUAGCUCUAUUCAUUUAUGUUAGCAUUAAUGCACAUUUUUUUUUUAAAAAAAAACAUGGUCUUGUUUUUACUACCUGCUAGAUAUAGUGAUAAAGAGGUGCUGGCAUGCUUUACAGCACAGAUCGGAUUUUUUAAAAUGUCCUGUACUAGUACAUAAAUCCAGUCAUGCACUUUUUUUCAUACACUACAAGGGGAUGUGUAAUAUCCAUGCUUCUUUUUUAUCCUUAAACUAUUGCCAUACUUCAAGUAAGUGUCUUUUUAAAAAAAUUCACUUGUAUAAAAAUGGUCUGGUCAGUAUAGGGCAAAAAUGCCAAACAAAAGUAUUAGUGUUAACACAAAACUGCCAACUUUGCACAAGUUUCCCGAAAAGAAAAUACAAUUAGUCACUCAACAUAACCACAGGCCAAUUUGUCGGCCACCAGAAAACCGCUUUAAAAAAAGAACACUUGGUGAUUCUUUCAAGUGCCGAAUGUUAUUAGAAUCAACAUUGCAUCCUUCUUUGCUUAUAUGUUAAGUUACAUAAAAGGAAAACACAAUUAUGUGGUGUGAAACAGCCAAGGCAUUUACUCUUCAGAGGCAGGAUAAUAUUUCAGGAUACAAAAGCCCAAAUUACUGACUGUGGAACAAAGCUGAAUAUGUAAAAGUGUUGAACACUCAUUUCCAAGGACCUAACCCUUCUCCUUUAAAAAGAAAGAAGUCUGCACUGGGUUGGUCUGUUGUAUGGCUGUCUAAUUUGUUGCAAGUUCUGCAGUAGUCCUAUGAUUCAGGCCUGUUUGAUAGACAAAAUCAAAAGACAUUUCACAGCGGCAGUACUUGGAAGCUUUGAAAACAUGUGCUGAACUUGAAUUGAGCAACACUCCUUUCUGAAAAGCCAGACGAAGGGGGGUUUAAAAUAGGAUCUCUCACUGUUGAGUGUUUUGUGUUUCCCCACAUGAUUUGUCAGAGAGAAAUGAAAGCAAGCCUGAAACCAAGCAAUUGAGAGUGAGAACGAGGGGGAGACGAUUCUCCAAACCUUUUUUGUUUUUGUUUUGUUUUGUUUCCGAUGUUUACACAUGUUGCCUGAGCUGGUUAACCACAUGGGCAGCCCUCAGCUACCACAACAUACUGACUAAAUGAUGAUAUUUACUCAAGUUCAGUCUGCAGCCAAAACCAUUAGGACGUGCAUUGCAGACUGUGUUUUGUUGUCUGUUUUUUCUUUUUUUUUUUUUUUAGUGGAGGGGGGGAAAGACAGAUAAACAAGGAAUAUUUUGUCUAACAGUACACAAUAAUUUAAAGAGAAUGUAUUUCUUUUCUGCAUUUAAUGGCCUCAAACAUUUCUCUCAUCGGUCUCAAAGUUAGAAAUACCCCCUUUGUUUGAACUUUGCAUGUUGUUUCCAUUUUUCAUAUGUUUUGUAAUUAUUUUUUCUAUGUUCACAUCAGCAUUCACUUCCGUUAAAUUUGCCAAAGGAAACUGUUAAUAUGUUUCUGUUGUUGUUAUUAUUCCUGUAGGAUUUAUUGUACCUCACAGUAUUUAUUGUUUCCAAAAAUAAGCAUCAUUAGUUGAGGAUUCAGUAUUUUUAUUUGUAAAAAUUUCAGAAACAAUAGAUUCUUAAAGAUAAGCUAGACUUGUCUAGAAGCUUCAUCUUUUCAUCUCCUUCAGAGGAUGCUAUGGGGCUCGUUUAAUUCAUUUGUUCGCCAGUGAGGAAAGACCAAAAGUAUUCGCAGUACAAAAGAAACCAUAUCAAACACUAUGUUAAAUGACAAAUGUUUACGGUAAAAAGCUGAGGAAUUAGUAAUAACCAUUUUUGUUUUCUUGUACCUUUGAAUUCCCCAAAGUCUUAAUUGCUUUAUUUUGGUGUUGUGUUAAAUUGAAUAGACAGAUGUUUUCCUUUGUUUUAUACCAUAUAAGACUAUGUACAGUAUGUUUGUGAAAAAUUGAACUAGAAUAAUGAAAGUUUGUUUGCAAA